GAGCCUCCAAGAGCCAGCCCGGUCCCCGGCCUGUCUCCCAGCUGCGGGGCGCAGCUCUUUCGCUGCGUGCUGACCCCCAGGAACGCCGCACCAACUCAGGGCGCUGCGGGACCCUCCACCCGGGACGCCCGCCCCUCCCCGGGCCUCUGCUCGCUUGCCCGCCGGCGAGUCCGUUCCCCUCGUCGGCCUCUCAGAUCGGGGAAGUAGGGCGAGCUGAGAGCAGGCCCGGGGAGGGUGGUGACCACCGCGGAAGAACUGUGGCUGUCAAGAUGAUAGAGGUACUGACAACUGACUCUCAGAAACUGCUGCACCAGCUGAACACCCUGUUGGAACAGGAGUCUAGAUGUCAGCCAAAGGUCUGUGGCUUGAAACUAAUUGAGUCUGCACAUGAUAAUGGCCUCAGAAUGACUGCAAGACUCAGGGACUUUGAAGUAAAAGAUCUACUCAGUCUAACUCAGUUCUUUGGCUUCGACACGGAGACGUUUUCCCUAGCUGUGAAUUUACUGGACAGAUUCUUGUCUAAAAUGAAGGUACAGGCGAAGCAUCUUGGGUGUGUCGGACUGAGCUGCUUUUAUUUGGCUGUAAAAUCGAUAGAAGAGGAAAGGAAUGUCCCAUUGGCAACUGAUUUGAUCCGAAUAAGCCAGUAUAGGUUUACGGUUUCAGACUUGAUGAGAAUGGAAAAGAUUGUGUUGGAGAAAGUAUGUUGGAAAGUCAAAGCUACUACUGCCUUUCAAUUUCUGCAACUGUAUUACUCACUCAUUCAAGAGAGCUUGCCAUUUGAAAGGAAAAACGAUCUUAAUUUUGAAAGACUAGAAGCCCAACUUAAGGCAUGCCACUGCAGGAUCAUAUUUUCUAAGGCAAAGCCUUCUGUGUUGGCAUUGUCUAUCAUUGCUUUGGAGAUCCAAGCACUGAAGUAUGUAGAGUUAACAGAAGGAAUCGAAUGUAUUCAGAAACAUUCCAAGAUAAAUGGCAGAGAUUUGACCUUCUGGCAAGAGCUUGUAUCCAAGUGUUUAACUGAGUAUUCAUCAAACAAGUGUUCCAAACCAAAUGUUCAGAAGUUGAAAUGGAUUGUGUCUGGGCGCACCGCACGGCAACUGAAGCAUAGUUAUUACAGAAUAACUCACCUCCCAACAAUUCCUGAAACGGUUUCUUAGUUGGCACAUCUGGUUGUUAUUCUCUGUGUACAGAAAAUUUUCUAGUGUGGUAAUUUUCUUCUACAACUGAAGAACUGAAAUACAAUCUUCAGUAUAAACAGUAUGGGAUUGAAACGGUAAAGGGAAAGGUGACUUUGUUGAUCUAGUUAGUGAAUAUUGGAAGCCAUUUCCUGUGAACAGCGCACAGCAGUCUCCAGAGAAAGGACUUAGCAAACCCCUAAAUACAUGUUAACACUUUCUUAGUCAAAUUAUUAGCUUAGGAAAAGAGAAUCCUCCAAAAUGAAAAUUUAAAAGUAGCUAAUGAGGCUGGAUUUAAAAGUAGUUAAUGAGGCUGGGCGAUAAUGGCGCAUGCCUUUGAUCCCAGCGCUUAGGAGGCAGAGGCAGGCAGAUCUUUGAGGUCAAGGCCAGCCUGAUGUACAGAGUUAGUCCAGGACAGCUAGGGUUGUUACAUAGAGAAGCCCUGUCUCAAAAAACAAAAACAAACAAAGUAGUUAAUGAAAUAGUAUUUCUUUAAAUUACUUAUCACAUCACUGUAGCUUAUUUAAAGUUACAUAAGCCCAAGCAGAAGGACGAAACAAAAAGUUUGAUCCAUAUUUAUGCACAUGGGUGAUAUACUUACAAAGUAAUGUAGGUGGAAUGUAAAAAAUAAAUUAAUAAAAAAAACAAAACAAACAAAAAAAGUAAUAUAGGACAGUCUCCACAUUAGGUUUCUGGAAAUUGCUGGGGUGUCUCAAUUCUAUAUUUAGUAUUUUAUCUCUAACAGUUGGUCUAUUACACAGUAAUUACAUGCUUAAAAAAUAUAAACUUGGUCCCUGAUACAUAUGCAUUUUGCCAUCUAAAUUUCUUCAUCAUAGCAAAGAUUUAUCUUUUCUAUGAUUAAAACAAAAUGUUGCCAGGUGUUGUGGUACAGGUGGACCUCUGUGAGUUCAAGGCCAGUCUGGUCUACACAGUGAGUUCCAGGAUAGCCAGAGACCUACAUUCUAGACCCUGCCUCAAAAACACCAAAAUAAAAUGAGAAAAUAACCAACUCCCCCGCCACACCCAAAAGUAAACGUUGCUGGGGAAAAUGGUUCAGCAGGUAAGGGUACUUGCCCCUAAGUCUAGCAACCUGACUUCAUUCCCUAGGACUCACAAGACAGAAGGAGAGAGCAAACUCCCGCAAAUUCUCUGGCAUGCAUGUGCCUCGCACCCUCCCCAUCUCUGCAAUAAAUAUAUGAUCAUGCAUCUUAGAUAUCCAGUUCGCCUUUAGCAGCUUGCAGUAUGUAGGCAGAUUUCUGUUGAACUGGGUCUGUGCUGUCUGCUUAGGCAGUAGGAUUGCAGUAGCAACAAAAACUGUCCCUGAAGUCUUCCUCUGCCACUCUGACCAUGAGUUUCCCAUGGUGCAGGAUUUAAGUUAUGAAACCUCAGCACAUCACCACAUUAAUAGAAGGGUCUCAGUGUUGGGAAAAUUCCUGAUUCCAGGCCUGGUAGAGCUACGCUUAGAUUUGAAUUCACCCAUGAAACAUUCAAAUCAAGGCUAAAGACAUAAAUGUGAAAUAAAACUGUGAACCUUCAUUUUAACAUGAUCUAACUUCCUAGAUUGGAUCAAUAUAUACUUAGGUGGUAUUGAAAAUGGUAAACUACUUAAUUUAAAUCUCAAAGUUUAAAUUACGAAGUUUACAUCAAAACCAACAUUUCACAAAUGCACUUUUAAGGUAUUGUAAGGGGUAAUUUAAGCAGUAAAUGAUUUCUUGGCACCCAUAACCAAGUAAUUGUUAACUUAGAGGUGAGAUUUUUAUUGCUAUAUGAGAUUUCACUUAAACUUGUGGGUGUUUUAUAUAAGGCAGAUCUCAUAAGUUUUGAAACUUUGUUACCUUUAAUAUUUCUUCUAGAGAACAGGUGGUUUUUAUUCACAAUAAAAAAAUCCUACAGAAUUGCUGCUUCAUUCUAGUCCCAUUUGAGAAAACAUAUUAAUAACUGGAUGAAUUGUCACCCUGAAAACUUAUUUAUUGCAUUAAAAUUAAUUCAGGCUUGAUAAAGCACUCCAGAAGUUUUUUUUUUAACUACAAUUUUUAUAAAACUGCCACUGCUUCUAAUGCAUUUUGUUUUAAAAGAAAGAAAAUAAUUUGCAAAAACGUCUACUGUGUCUUAAGGGAAGUAAGGGGGCACUCCAUAAGACCACCAAGGUUGUGUUCAGAUUCUCAAUGCUGACCUUGAAUGUAAGAUCUACACUGUUAAACUGUCAGCUGCUCCUCAGUGCAGUGUACAGCCUGCAUCCACCUGGAGUGGCUGUAACCAUUUUGACAUGUAAUGGAUAACGAUCACUGAAAAAUAAACCAAAGAACCAGAGUAUUUUAUCGUUAACCUUUGUAAACCAUGUUUCAUGGAUAACUUUUCAAUUCUUCCUAAAGGCUGAAAUGCUUCAAUUUGGAAACAAUGCUGAUUUUGAGUGAACAGAAAUAAGCUAACCAACUACCAUUAUGUUUUAAACUAAGGAAUACACCUUUCAAUAAAGUUAUUGAAAUGCAA